CGAUUCACUUCGAAACGUCUGUUGCGAUCGCUCAAACGAAUUGAAGCUGAGCUUUGUUUUGCUGUGUUUCUUUUUUUGUGUAUUGUGUACUGAUAGAGAACAAAAAAAAUAAAAACAAUACUUACUGUGAAUCAUGUGCAACAGCACUAUUCUAUAAAGAAUAUAUAGUACAUCAUUAAAUUAUAAUUGUUUAAGCACAAUCAGUGAUACCCUGACUAUAGUUUCGCGGAACCCCAUUUCUAUUGAAUUCGCCGAAAACUAAAAAAAAAAUAACAAAAUACGCGAUUAUGUCGCGGAUUUUGGUUUUUUAUUUUUGUGUAUUUCAAUUGGGACUACUCGUAAAUGCCACUGGUCUGUACACGGUAAUCGGACCUGGCACCAUACGCUCAAAUUUCAAAUAUAAUGUGGCCGUUUCCGUGCACAAGGCUGAGGGGAAAAGCAUCAUAAAGGUGGGCAUAACUGGACCAUCGUAUAAUGAGACAAAGCAGGUGGAGCUGCAGCCCAUGUCGACGGCGAACGUGGAGUUCGAUGUGCCAAAGUUGGUGAAUGGAGAUUACAAUUUGACAGCAGCCGGAAUUGAGGGCGUUAUCUUUGAAAAUUCCACCAAGCUGAACUAUGCCGAUAACAAGCCAUCAAUAUUUAUACAAUCCGAUAAGGCAACCUACAAGCCAUCAGAUCUAGUCCAGUUCCGAGUUCUAUUUCUGGACGAGAACACACGACCUGCGGGCAUCGACAAGCCGAUUACGAUUGCAAUCACGGACGGAGCCCAGAAUCGCAUCAAGCAAUUGACGGACGUUCAGUUGACCAAGGGCGUGUUUGUAGGAGAGCUGCAGCUGUCGGAGCAGCCGGUGCUGGGCAUGUGGAAUAUCGCAGUCAAUGUGGCGGAUGAGCAGGCGGAAUCAAAGUCCUUUGAGGUGGCCAAAUAUGUGCUGCCGAAAUUCGAGGUAAUUGUGGAAUCAGCCAAGGAUGUGGCCGUACAAGAUGGUGUCAUCAAGGCCACAAUUCGGGCCAAAUACACAUACGGCAAGCCGGUGAAGGGCAAGGCGACCGUCUCCAUUGAGCCGAACUAUAGCUACUUUAGCCCCGGUGACAGCAACGUGCAUCAGAUGAAAACAAUCGACGUCGAUGGCAAGGGUCAUGUCGAAUUCCCAAUCCAAGGCUCGCAAUAUAACUCACGUUAUACGCCGCCCUUGAAGAUUUUUGCCGAGGUAACCGAGGAUCUUACGGGCAACAAACAAAACGCAUCGACUGUUGUCACCCUGCACUCGCAGCGCCACAAACUUGAGUCCGUCGAUCCAGUGACCCAAUAUCAUCCGGGCAAGGCGUUUGUCUAUCAGUUUGUAGUCAAAAAUCUGGACGGUUCACCUGUACGAGAUGCCACGAAGAAGGCAAAACUGGCAUUCGAUCCGUCGUACAGAUAUUUCAAUUUCGAUUUACAACCGACGCCCACAGCUUCAAACGAGACCAUUGAGUUCGAAGCUCCUGUCAACGAGCACGGUAUUGCCACAUUUAACGUUGUCCUGCCCAAAAAAGAGAAUAGCCAUUUAAGUAUCAGAGGAUCCUACGCGGACUCCAGCUCCUACCUGGGCUCCAUACGCGAAUUUGAGCCGACUGUCGAAUCAUCCGAACCGCUUAAGAUUCAAGUUAACUCAAAAUCUCUUAAGCUCGGCAACGACGUUUCCUUCGAUGUUAAGUCGGACGAGCAUAUACCGUACUUCGUCUACGCAAUUGUCGCCCGGGGAAAUAUUGUGAAGGCCGAACAUGUCGAGGUACCAGAAGGUCGCAAGAGCCACACCGUGAAGUUUACGCCCAGCUUUGCCAUGGUGCCGCAGUCCUCGAUUUAUGUGUAUUACGUCUUUAACAACGAGCUGCGCUUCGAAGAGCGAUCCAUUGAUUUCGAUAAGGAUUUCGAGAACUCGAUCGAGAUUUCUGCUCCUCUGGAAGCCAAGCCCAGCGAGGAGGUCAAACUGCAAAUCAAAACUGAUGCCGACUCGUAUGUUGGGCUACUUGGCGUGGAUCAGAGUGUUCUCUUGCUUAAGUCGGGCAAUGAUUUGGCUCGGGAUGAUGUCUUUAAUAGCCUCAACAAGUACAAAACAUCUACGCCCUGGCAACAGGGCUAUGGUCGGUAUCCGGGGCAGUCUUCCGGUUUGGUAACCCUAACAAAUGCCAAUUAUCCCUAUAAUUUCGGUAAGUUCAAGGGGGAAGAAGAUGAAGCAUUAGAUGAUUUUGUUGCCAGAGAUGAAAUAGAUUCGCCGCAAGCGCAUCAAAUUGAAUUGGUACGCGAUAAUUUCGCAGAGCUUUGGAUUUGGCAUUCAGCCAAUUUGAGCACGGAUGCAGAGGGCUUUAGUUUGACCAAAAAGAUCCCAGAUACGAUCACUUCGUGGGUUGUUACCGGUUUCUCGUUGAAUCCGAUUACCGGAUUUGCUCUAACCCAGAAUCCCAGCAAGAUUCGAGUGUUCCAGCCUUUCUUCGUCUCCACGAAUCUACCCUAUUCGGUAAAGCGCGGUGAGGUCAUUGCCGUACCCGUAAUUGUUUUCAACUACAUGGAUAAAGUGCUCGACGCUGAGGUCACAAUGGACAAUUCAGACAAGGAGUACGAGUUCACAGAGGCUACCAACGAGGUCGAGGAGAAGUCAAUAGAUGAAAUAAAACGCGUGAAGCGCAUUACCAUACCCUCGAACAACGGCCAGAGCGUCUCCUUUAUGAUACGCCCCAAGAAAGUGGGAUCGAUCACCUUGAAAAUCACAGCGACAACUCCACUAGCGGGCGAUGCGAUUCAUCAGAAAUUGAAGGUCGAUCCGGAGGGCGUCACACAGUUCGAGAAUAAGGCUCUUUUCGUUAAUCUGAAGAACCAAUCCGAAAUGAGUCAAGAGCUGAAGGCCACUAUACCCAACGAAGCCGUUGAAGAUUCGGAAUUUAUAGAGUUCUCUGUGGUUGGUGAUCUUCUGGGCCCCACCAUUAAGAACUUGGAUAACUUGGUGCGAAUGCCCUAUGGCUGUGGUGAGCAGAACAUGGUCAACUUUGUUCCAAAUAUUUUGGUAGUCAAAUAUCUGGAGGUGACUGGUCGAAAAAUGCCCAGCGUUGUGGCCAAGGCGAAGAAGUUUCUCGAAAUCGGUUACCAGCGUGAACUCACCUACAAGCACGAUGAUGGCUCCUACAGCGCUUUUGGCAAAUCGGAUCCUUCGGGUAGCACCUGGUUAACGGCCUAUGUUGUGCGCUCCUUCCACCAGGCCGCUAGAUACACGGAUGUCGAUCCCAAGGUUAUAGUGCAGGGCCUGGAUUUCCUUGCAUCCAAGCAGAAGGAUAACGGCGAGUUCCCCGAGGUGGGCAAGCUGUUUGACAAUGCCAAUCAGAAUGCCUUAGGACUCACCUCCUUCGUGCUGAUCGCGUUCUUCGAAAACGAAGAGGUCAUAUCAAAGUAUCAAGAGACCAUUGACAAGGCUCUGCAGUACGUCGCUCAAGAGGUCGACAAGACAGAUGAUCAAUAUUCCCUAUCGAUCUCGGCUGUUGCUCUGCAAUUAGCCAAGCAUCCGCAGGCAAAGAAAGUUCUAGCUAAGCUUCAGAGCGUCGCUAAACAGGAGGAUGGUCGCAAGUGGUGGACCAAGGCUCCCGAAAAGUCCUUCACUUCAGCUGAGCGCUUAACCUAUUGGCGUCCUAGCAGCAAUGAUGUCGAAAUAACUUCCUAUGUGUUGUUGGCUCUGUUGGAGGAAGAGCCGGCAGAUGCUUCGCUGCCAAUAAUCAAGUGGCUGAUCGCCCAGCGAAACAGCAAUGGCGGCUUCACCUCCACGCAGGACACGGUCAUCGGACUGCAAGCCCUGACAAACUUUGCCUCCAAGACCGGAUCUGGCACUGGCAAUGUUGACAUUGACUUCGUUUCGGAUAGUGACAACAAGGGUAGUAUUAAAGUGAAUCCGGAAAAUUCACUGGUACUCCAAAGUCAUGUUCUGCCCAAGAGCACACGUAAUGUUAACUUCACCGCCAAGGGCCAGGGGUCGGCAAUGGUUCAAUUGUCCUACAGAUAUAACCUAGCUGAGAAGGAUAAGAAGCCCAGCUUUAAGGUGACGCCUACUGUGAAGGACACGCCCCUGCAGCAACUGACUCUGGAGGUGUGCGCCGAGUACGUGCCCCUUGAGAUGAGCGACCAGCAGAAGGACUCUAACAUGGCCGUUAUGGAAAUAACUUUGCCUUCCGGCUAUGUUGGCGACACGGAUAGCUUUGACAAAAUUCAAGCGGUCGAUAGAGUGAAGCGCAUCGAAACCAAGAACGCGAACUCCAUGGUGAUUGUCUACUUCGACAGCUUGACACCGGGGGAUGUGAAGUGUUUACCUGUGGAAGGCGUCCGGGCGCAUUCGGUGGCCAAACAAAAACCCGCCGCUGUGUCCCUGUACGACUACUACGAGACGGAUCGCCGUGCCACCGAGUACUAUCAGGUGAAGUCCUCGCUGUGUGACAUUUGCGAAGGCACCGAUUGUGGUGAAGGAUGCAAAAAGGACAAGUAAACUACAGUUGUUGAUCCUCCAACUUGCUCAAA